AUGCUUCUGGUGCUACACUUGAUUGACGAAAUUACAAAUCUACUUGUCUGUUGGUUUAGGCAACGUCGAGAGUUAGCAAUGAAAUCUCAUUCUAUGUUGUGCCCUGAUUUAGGGGAAAUUAAGUUAAGGAAGAGGUUAGACGCUGCGUCAAGGAUGAAUGUGGUCAAAAUCAAUGAGGUCGAGUAUAAUGUUCUGGAUGGUGAUUUGAACGGUCUGGUGCACUUGCUUACAUGCAGGAAGUUUGACUUGGAGCAACUCCCGUGCAAGCACGCUAUUGCGGUAUGUUGGCACUUGAAAUUGAACCCCUACUCCUUUGCCUCUUCUUAUUAUACACGAGCUACAUGGGCAGCUGCAUAUGCUGAAUCUAUUUAUCCUGUACCACCUGAAGGCACAUGGGUUAUUCCCGAAAAUUUGAAGAAGGUCAAAAUCCUCCCUCCUCUUUGUAAGGUUAUGCCGGGCCGUUGCAAAACGCAAAGAAUAGCUUCGAGAGGAGAGGAGUCCCGUCAAAAAAAAUGCUCAAGGUGUGGUGUGAAGGGCCACUACCGAAGUACAUGCAAACAAUCUGUCCCUCUCACCAACAAGCAGCACGUUGCGUAG